UGGAUAUUCAAUGGGAUUAUACCUUUUCAACAAAAAGUCAAAUUUCUCUAUGGAUCACGUGACAAUCUCGUGAUAAUUCUACUCGCCGGUACAUGGUGCUGAUCCAAGAUUAGAAAAGUGUAUUUUGUGUUUGUAUUGCGUCAAACAGCACGGAAUUGUUUGGAAUUUAUUUCUCAAUAGUUUGGAAAUAUUAAUUUCACAAUUGGGAAUAUAAUACUGUGCAGUGCGAUUUCGCAAUCCAGGAAUUUUCCCAGCUGACGUCAAUUGACUGACGGCUCGGGACUUCGUUUUUACGUCACACGGAUCUUAGCACCGCCCAUUCGAAGAUGGCGUCCAGUAGGGUGAAAAAGGAUCAGACUCCACGUGCGGAGAGUUACCGCUACGCGGUGACGCCCGCUGUGGAAGAUGGAAAGAAGAACAAGAAGAAAUCGAAGAAGCAGAAGGGGAAGGAGGAUCUCGAUGACCUCAAACAGGAGCUGGAGAUGGACGAACACAAACUGCCCAUCGACGAGUUGUAUGCGCGACUCGGGACAGACCCAGAACAGGGUCACAGUCCAGAGAGAGCCAAAGAAAUUUUACUUAGGGAUGGUCCAAAUCAGCUUACUCCUCCAAAGACUACCCCUGAGUGGGUGAAGUUCUGUAAACAAUUGUUUGGAGGUUUCUCCCUCCUCUUGUGGAUAGGAGCCAUCCUCUGCUAUAUAGCGUACUCCAUCCAGAUGUCGGCCAUGGAAGAUGCACCGGGUGAUAAUUUAUAUUUAGGAAUAGUAUUAACCGCUGUCGUGGUCGUCACAGGCAUUUUCUCCUACUACCAAGAGGCGAAGAGUUCUCGGAUUAUGGAGUCCUUUAAGAAUCUUAUUCCACAGUAUGCGUUAGUGAUACGAGGUGGUAUAAAGCUCAACAUAAAAGCGGAGGAGUUGGUUCUGGGCGAUAUUAUCGAGAUGAAGUUCGGAGACCGUGUUCCCGCAGAUAUCCGGGUCAUCUCCGCCCACGGCUGCAAGGUAGACAACUCCUCCCUGACUGGAGAGUCUGAACCCCAGACGAGGACGGCCGAGUUCACCCACGAGAACCCGCUGGAAACCCGAAAUCUCUGUUUCUUCUCUACCAACUGUGUCGAAGGAACUGCUUGUGGCGUGGUCGUGAAGACCGGUGACAAGACUGUGAUGGGUCGUAUCGCUAACCUGGCGUCUGGCCUAGAGGUGGGAGAGACGCCCAUCGCCAAGGAGAUUGCCCACUUCAUCCACAUCAUCACCGGCGUGGCCGUCUUCCUGGGCGUGUCUUUCUUCGUCAUCGCCUUCAUCCUCGGAUACUUCUGGCUCGACGCCGUCAUCUUCCUCAUCGGCAUUAUCGUUGCCAACGUCCCGGAGGGGCUCCUCGCAACUGUCACUGUGUGUUUGACUCUGACAGCCAAGCGUAUGGCCAGUAAGAACUGCCUCGUGAAGAAUCUUGAGGCUGUCGAGACUCUCGGCUCCACCUCCACCAUCUGCUCGGACAAAACCGGAACUCUCACCCAGAACCGGAUGACCGUCGCCCACAUGUGGUUUGAUGGACGCAUCGUUGAAGCCGACACCAGCGACGAACAGUCAAAUGCGACAUACUCCCGUACCGAUGUUACCUGGAUGAACCUGGCCCGUGUUGCUAUGCUGUGUAACCGAGCUGAAUUCAAGUCUGGUCAGGAAGAUGUACCCAUCCUGAAGAGGGAAUGUAAUGGUGAUGCUUCAGAGUCUGCCCUGUUGAAAUGCGUUGAGCUGUCCAUUGGUCAUGUGACCGAAUUCCGUCGCCGAAACAAGAAGAUUGCCGAAAUUCCAUUCAACUCUUCUAACAAAUACCAGGUAUCUAUCCACGAGACCGAGGACCCGAACGACCCGCGUUGUAUUCUUGUGAUGAAGGGAGCACCCGAGAGAAUCAUGGACCGGUGUACCACCGUCCUGCUCAACGGCAAAGAUAUUCCGCUGGACGACAACUUCCGAGAGGCUUUCAACGCCGCAUACAUGGAGCUGGGAGGUCUUGGAGAGAGAGUACUUGGAUUCUGUGAUUACUUCCUCCCGAUUGAAGAUUUCCCUCCUGGAUUCCAGUACGAUGCCGACGACCCCAACUUCCCUCUGACAAACCUCCGCUUCGUCGGUCUCAUGUCGAUGAUUGACCCGCCCCGUGCUGCUGUACCGGACGCUGUCGGAAAGUGUAGAAGUGCCGGCAUCAAGGUUAUCAUGGUGACAGGUGAUCAUCCAAUCACAGCAAAGGCCAUUGCAAAGGGUGUCGGAAUCAUCUCUGAAGGAAGCCAAACGGUUGACGAUAUUGCCCAGAUCCGAGGGGUCCCGGUUGAAGACAUUGAUCCACGAGAAGCGAAAGCCGCUGUCAUCCACGGUGCCGACCUUCGUGACAUGACCCCGGCGCAGAUUGACGAGAUUAUCCGAAACCACAGCGAGAUCGUGUUCGCACGAACCUCGCCCCAACAGAAACUGAUUAUCGUUGAAGGCUGCCAGCGUCAAGGCCAGAUCGUCGCGGUAACGGGAGAUGGUGUAAACGACUCGCCUGCUCUCAAGAAAGCCGAUAUUGGUGUUGCUAUGGGUAUCGCCGGUAGCGACGUCAGCAAACAGGCAGCCGACAUGAUCCUGCUUGACGACAACUUCGCUUCGAUUGUGACAGGCGUGGAGGAGGGCCGACUGAUCUUUGACAACUUGAAGAAGUCGAUCGCGUACACCCUGACGUCGAACAUCCCUGAGAUCAGCCCCUUCCUGCUGUUCAUCCUGGCAGACAUCCCCCUCCCGCUCGGAACCAUCACCAUCCUCUGUAUCGACUUGGGAACCGACAUGGUGCCGGCCAUUUCCCUCGCCUACGAACAGGCCGAGAACGACAUUAUGAAGAGACAGCCAAGAGAUCCAAUCAAUGAUAAACUCGUCAAUGAGAGGUUGAUCAGUAUGGCAUACGGUCAGAUCGGCAUGAUCCAGGCGUCGGCCGGGUUCUAUGUGUACUUUGUCAUCAUGGGAGAGAACGGAUUCUGGAUUGGUCGUCUGCUCGGUCUGCGUGAAGAGUGGGAUUCCCAUGGAAUAAACGAUCUCGAGGAUUCAUACGGACAGGAAUGGACAUACCGCCAGAGAAAGAUUUUGGAGUACACAUGUCAUACCGCCUUCUUUGUGUCGAUCGUGAUCGUGCAGUGGGCUGAUUUGAUCAUCUGUAAAACAAGACGCUUGUCCCUCUUCCAGCAAGGAAUGAAGAACCAUCGUCUGACGUUUGCGCUGUUCUUCGAGACUGCUCUAGCCGCCUUCCUCACCUACUGCCCUGGUCUAGACCAAGGCCUUCGUAUGCAACACCUCAGGUUAUCUUGGUGGUUCCCAGCUCUCCCCUUCAGUUUGACUAUCUUCGUUUACGAUGAAUGCCGUAAGUUCAUCCUACGACGCAAUCCUGGAGGAUUUGUUGAAAGAGAGACCUACUAUUAAGGAGACAUUGUUUUUAAUAGCUAUUUUGUUUUAAAAAGAAAAUUUUGUGUUUCGAGAAUUUUUAUUGGGUGGGGCACAAUUUAGAAGAGACAACUCUUGACGGUAUUGCAUUUUCUGUUCAAGGAAAAUGCAUCAGAUGUGACGUGAAGACGACAGAUUCUGUCGUAGUGGGUUUUGCGCUCAUUGUCGUUACUUGUGAAUUUUAACCAAACUGGAAUUUCCUUCAGUUGUUUAAUAACUGGUGAAAAUGGGACUCGAACAAUUGAUUCUCUCUCUCUCUCUCUCGAGUCAUUUGUAAAAUUUGUAAAAAAAAAAUUAAUUCAAAUAUGAAUUGUGACAUUCUGUGUAAACUGUUUGAUCCAGACCGACUAAUGGUUUAAUGGGCUUGUAUUUUGCUGUGUAUAAGACACUGUGUGUGUAUGUGUAACCCGGAUAAUGUAGACACUUAGGUAGUGGGUGCGCAACUCCACUUUGUAGGCAGAAUUAUAUUUACUUUCUAUUCUUUUGUUUGUGAAUAAUUACAUUUGAGUUUUAGACCAAGAAGAUUUUUAUUAUGACAUGUAUUGUGCGUUUGAUACCUUUUGCCAUUUUUUUAAUACACUGAGAUGAGAGUAUUAUAAAAUAAGAAAAAAAAGAGAAGAAAUAUGUAUGUAAAAUAAAGAGUUGAGCUAUGUGUAUUAUUUCUCCCAUUUCGUACGAAGUUGGUGUGAUGAAGUAGAUUUUGUUCAUUCAUCCUUGAGAUUUGUUCAUCGGAUAUCGUGCUUCAUCAGCGAUUAUUAGAUACAUUUACUACAACACCAGCUCAAAAAGAGACACUUGAUGCAUUAGUGACUGUAAUCCAACAAUUUUCUUAGUUACGUGUUUGUUAGUUAAGUGACAGUUUGUAUUUAAAUAUUCUUGGGAGUUUUAUCUGUGCACAAAUUAAGUAAUUGUUAUUAAAAUUGAGGCCAAUGUGGGUUUUUUUAAUAUGUUCGAUUUCUCCAGUCUGAAAUGAAAUGCUAAUUUAGGAGUAGAUGUGGUCUCGGAAGUAGGUUAUUAAUGAUUUACAUUUGGUGUGGUGGUUAGCUCAUAGUGGCGUUAUUAGCGAGGAUAAUUUGUCGUAACGUACAUAUAUUUCACAUAGAACACAAGUGAUAAUACAAAAUAAUAACUGUAUAUAUGUUCCAGACUUUCCCGUCUACAUUCCAUGUGAGUUCUUGUGAUGGUUAAUCCACCUUUUGAUUUCACUCGGUGUAUCUAGAAUCUUAGAGUCGUGCAUGUGCGUUCUGUUUUUAAAUGGGUUACCUUUUGUUUUUAAUUUAUGGCAAAUUGAGAGUAUCAAACUUGUGCAUGUGUUAACAGUUCAAAUAAGAAUCUCUGGAUAUGAUUUUUUUUUUUUAUUAUAAAAUAUUUUGGUUCACAAGCAUUGGUACAGCUGAUAAGAAGACAGUUUUGUGUUCUGCUGUAUUUCUGUAUUUGACUGUAGGUUGUCGUGGAAUCAUGGGUUCAAGUACACCUGUCUGUAUAUUAUUAUAGCAUUGAGCAUUGUUUUAUAUAAUUUUUAAUCACCCUAUCUCUUAAAACAAACUGUUUCGUCGUGUUAAUGUCUCACUUAUUGGUUGUGUUUUGUAUUAUAUUGGUCAUGUCACGUCUUAAUCUUCACAAAAAAAAAAGAAAGAAAAAAAAGCAUAGACAGAAUAUUCGCACCAUCACUAUAAAAGUAAGCUGUCUGGGAAAUGUUUGUUGUCAUGGUUACAGAUGCGACAGUCCACUGCGACAUUGAUCAUUUCCCAGUUUUUAAAGCUUAUUAUUAUUAUGUUUUGAGAUUUUUAGCUAUCAUGUCAUUUAGUCAUUAAUAUUCAUGAAGUUCCUGUAGGACAGUUGCACAGAACUACACCGACAUAACCAGAACUUUUGUUAGUAAAGAUGUUAGUAAGUUUAUUAUUAAAAUCUUGAGCCGCCAGCAUUUACUAGGUUCAACUAACAGUGAUGCAUAGUUAAUUAAACUCUGGCCGGAUCUAGUAUGACAUUAUUGUAUUAACGCUGUUAAACCAUCACAUAUCAAAGGUCUUUUGUUUCCCCUCCCCUUGAAAAUAAAUCUACAGAUGUUUGUACAGUCCUUAUUUAACCAGACUUGGUGUGUUUAAAUGUAAAUAUAGCAAUACUUGGUACAUUUUUAAACAUUUCGUUUUAGAACAGGAUUUUAACGUUUAAAAGCCAGAUUAUUGAGACUUUAAAACAUCUUCAGAGAUUUCUAUGUUGUCACAAUGUGGAUAAGCAUUUAAAAAAUAGGCUGGUGCAUGAUGGGGAAACUGUAGGCGGCACGUGACAAAUCAGUUUCCACGUAUAAUGUUUAUAAUAUUAUAUGCAACAGGAGAGGAAAAUGUAUCCGUGAUGUUCAUUUCAUUGCUAGAGUGAACUCCUUAAGGCGGGUCCGUCUUGGCGACAGUGCACCAUCCAGUCAAAUUAAAAUCUGAUGGUACUUACAUUCCACGUAGGAGUGGCAGUAAGAUUUUUUUUUUAAAGCAAUUUGGUGUAAAAUCGUGCUUGUCGCAGAGAGGACACGUUUUUGACCCGGGAGCUCCUGUUUUUAAUUUUCGAUUUGUUGUUAGAAGAAAGAUAGAGUACAUUUUAGUCUGAAUUCUAUUCACCACAUGAUGUAGUGUGUGGGUACAUUUUUAUAUGGAGUUUUGUCUUUCAUCUAGCAGUUCAAUAUAUGUGUACAAUUUUCUUUAAACGAAAUAAAGGUCUUAUUAGAA